GUCGAGGGUAUCGCGUAGUAGCGAGGCGCUUUUCUAUCAUGGCGAAUCCGAGGAAAUUCAGCGAAAAGAUCGCUUUGCACAAUCAGAAACAAGCUGAAGAAACGGCGGCGUUCGAGCAGAUCAUGCGUGAAGUGAUGGGGGCAACCCGAAACAACCAUGGGCAAGAAAAUAUGCAGGGUUAUGCAACUUCGUAUGACAGCUCUUACAUCCAGCAAGCUGCCAAUGGGGCGUAUUCGAAGCACCAGCUUAGCAUCUCGCCUUCCCUGGGUGCCUAUCGAGGUGGCUCGUUGCCCAAUGUGAACCAGAUGAGUGGAGGGCCGGCCCAUAGCAUUGACCUGCAGGGGGCGCUCAGUCACCUCGAGGACAUGCGGCAAGGCCGCGAGGCAUCUGCAGUGCUUCCUGACCGACCACACGUGCGUGAACGAGGCCGUCAUGCCACGGCUCCCCACAAAGGUCGACAGAUGGCCUUCGACAAGCGUGCCGACGUUUCGCCGUACAGCUCGUCUCUCUACCUUUCCCCGCCACCUGACAGCAGUUGGAGAAGGACCAACUCGGACUCGGCACUGCACCAGAGCGCACAGACUCCUCAGGAAAACUUUCCCGGAGUUGGGCCUGCUUGUGGGCAGCGCAGAGGUACCGACCCUGUCACAGCACGAGAGUUGGACCAGAUGUACCGUGACUGUUCCACACGAGUUGAUGGCUUUGGGCAGGAGAUCAUGGGUAUGCAGGACAUGAAUAGUAUGGCCAUGGAUGGAAUGAAUAUGAAGGGCUACUGGGAUCCCAAGGGGGGAGGGGGAGGUGACUGCUAUGGGAACAGCCUUUCUAGUAUGGGAUGUGGAAUUUCAACCCAGCAGCAGCAUCAGCAGCAUCAGCAGCACCGACCGAAAUCCUGUGAUGUCCCUGGAAUCAAUAUUUACCUGCCUCAGGACGAGAGUGGCGACGGGACAGCUUUGGCAUCCAGUCCCGGUGCAGCGGGUGGGCCUCCUCAGGGGGCAGGGGGACCGGGUGCUGGAAGCCUUCAGGCACCUCCUAUGGGCAAUGGCAAUACGGGAUCGCUGCCUGACUUGACCAGCCUGCACUUUCCUCCACCUCUGGCGACCCCACUUGACCCCUCGGAGGAGCUUGCUCAUCAGCAGCAGGGAGCCAGCCCGGGGCCUCCGUCCCUGCCACCCCUACAUCCCGGUUCCCCAGGCUCGCCACGUGGCUGCACCAGCCCAUCGGGGGGCCGGCAUGCGAGCCCUGGCCCUGCGCCGUCGCCGUCGUCGCGGCGCCGGGCGCACCAUAACUCAACCAGCAUGGUGCUGGGAUCCGGCGGUCGCCUGCACGGGCCCAGCGGGCAGCAGUCUGCCACGGUGGGCGCACCCCCCGGGCAAGUACGUGCACACUCCCCCCUGCACCGCCGACACCAACGACCCCACCCACCCCGGAUCACCGUUGAGGGCCUUACCAUGGACACAAAUGCACUUUCCUUGGAUGGAUAUGGCGGUAGUCCCCAGCAGGCCCAGCAACAGCAUCAGCAUCAGCAGCAGCAUCAACAACAGCAUCAGCAGCAGCAACAGCAUCAGCAACAUCAACAGCAGCAGCAACAUCAGCAGCUGGGAUACUACCAACCGCAUUCACCACAGGUCCUCGGCCAGAAUCCCGGAUCUCCUCUGGGUUAUCCCCCCUCAUCACCUACCCUAUCCCAAGCACCUACCAGUCCUCGGCCUCGGCAGUUGUACCAAGGUGGUGCGCCUCCAUCUGAGCGGUCGGGCAGUGCGCCUGCAUCCCCGGCGUCUCAUGGUGCGCCCUCUCCUGUGUCUUCUCCGAGUGCCGUGGGCAGUCCGUAUGGGGCCGGUGGCUACCGGACCGGAUCUGCCAUGGGCAGCACGUCACCCUUACAGCAGCAGAUGGAACAGUUCCGCGUUGCAGCUGGCAGCACUGAUGACUCUGCUUCGCCUUCUGCCGCUGCAACACAGAGCCAAUACUUUGUGAUGCCUGACGGGAGGUACUGCAGCAACCCAAGCAUCCCAACCAGUGCUUCCUCGGGGGGUGUGUUCUUCCCAGACAUGGGUCCAGGGUCAGGAAUGGCUGGUGAUGCCUUAAGCUGUUCCUUGCCUUAUUCUCACGACUCUAUGUAUUACACGGGCGACUUGCAGUACUCGGCAAAAACGGCUGCCAGUCCUUCGAGUGGGGCUCCGCAAACACCCCAGACGCCUACCAGCAUCCCAGACAUCAUCCUAACAGGACCUGGCACUGACGAUGCAGCUUUGCUGAAAGGGGCGUUGCAGCAGGCUAAGUUGGACGGCCAGUCUCUAGGCUCGUUUGACUCAGCUGACCUUUUCUCUGCGGAGGAGGCCCUUCGUGCAGGCCUCGACCCCAUCGACAUCGAUGGUCUACAGAUCCUGACUGAUCCCGACAUGGCAGUGAUCAGUGACCCCGCCGCUGAGGAAGCCUUCCGCCUCGACCGGUCGUAGUGGUCGCCACAGCUAUGGCCGCCCCAGGAAGAGGAAGAGUACGAGGAGGAAGAAGAAGUGCUUAGGGCGCCAGAGACUCCGCGGGCGCAGCCUGAUGCGGGGCGAGCCACGGCUAGCGAAGACCGCCACGAUUGAACCGAGGGCACACACAGACCUAGCACUCCCUGCCGCGCUCUCCCUGUAUCUCUUGUUGUUGUGCUCUCGACUUGGGAUGUUUUUCCCACCCUUCGCAUUUUUAUACCCACAUUGGUGGCACCUUGCGUACUUUUGCCUACAACCGCAGGUCAUCUUGUGUGGGAGGAAGGCCAGCAGCAAGUAUAGAGCAGUCCAGAGUGAGCCAAUCGCUGUAUGCCAAGCGUAUGAUGAUAGUAUGCUGGCUGUGCGUUUCAUCUUGACAAAACCCAUCAUUGGCGUCGCGGUGACUGCUAGUGACCGAGGUCCCAUUCGGUCGGGAGACAAACCUCUGCGUUGGCAUAUUUGUGUGACUUGCGUACUUAUGAUUUCAGUGGCAUAGAGCUCGUGAAGAGGGGAACGCAGCACCUUUGAUGCAGCGAGGUGAAUAGUGGGCCUUGACAGUGUUCCAAAAGAGGCACGAAAGGCACUUGCCCUUCUCUUCUUUUUUUUUUUUUGUCCCCCUCCUCCAUAGUGUUUUGCUGUUGGAAGAAAUUUUGGGAUCACACAUGUCCUACUGCCUACAUGCCUCAACAUCAGACAAGCUAAUGAAAAGUCUGGACCGCACCCGUUUGACCUAUCUUAAUCCGAGGCUAAGUUUGUCUUCGCAUCAGCCAAGAAAGUACUGAUUGGCAUCCAUUUGAGCUAAUUGAACCUUAAAUGCCUCUGUCCUUUUCGCAAGUGUUUCAAAUAGAAGCUGAGACAAACAUAGCUACUGCCUAGCAACACUGAUGUUAUGACAUCCUGCUGUGACUUAUUAGUUUCAAAUUGCAGCACAUUAGUUGCUGCUUUCUUGUAGCAGCUGCUAUUAACGCUGUUCAGAUGAAGUGGCAAUUCCUGCACACAGUAGGAGAUCGUAAGGCAAGAGGCAAUAAUGAAUCAAACUUGUAACUUCCGUGCACUGAAUAUGCCCAGCAGUUGUGCCAUGCUUCUUCAUGUAUUACUGGCAUAUCGGGCCUCAUUUUAUCGAUCUUCUUUGAAGCAGGCAACAGCACUCAUUAAGUGCGCAUCUUCCUACCUUCUUACUGCAGCAGAGUCACCAGAUUGCUCUCGUAGCACUGUGGGGUUUAAGUUUGUUGUGUACAGUAUGAUUUUUGCUUUGGUAGCAUCCUGUUUGCCAAUCCAGAAGCCCUAGACCUACUGCUCUAGGAGCAGGCACAAUCAUGGCUAGGCUGGCACCUGUAGAGCCACAUUGUUUAUUGUGUAAAUACAUGAGCUCCUUAUCUUUGUUGUUAUUGUUUGGUGUGCACAUGUGCCCAAGUCUUGUGGUCCUUUUAUUUCUUGUUUACUGAUUAUGGAAAAGGCAUUUGGGUCCUGAAAUUGAUAAAUUGUGUAAAAAUAUAUAUCUGAAAACAGACAUGUUGCAACGUUAGAGUACCUGCAUCUUCACUUUCCAUGUUUCCCAUACUCUCAUACAUUUGCAUACGAGCUGCAAGGUAAGCUUAUGCAGUGUUUUCUUGUUUUUUAUGACCUUAAUGCCAUUUUCAGACCUUCGGCAAUCUGCAGGAACAGUACUUUAACGUAAGUUUUAGCUAGUACAACAUUUUCUUUUCUUCAGAACGAAUUGAAAUGAGCUGACCACAGUAUGUUACAAUUGAAUUGUUUGAUUUUCUGGUCAAGGUUUAAGUGCUAUGGCAAUUCUUAUCAUCAUUGUGUCAUAUUGUGGGCACUGCUUAACACCAGUUCUUUAAAGAUCAAAAUGUUUUUACUUGAUUAGUGCUUCCAGACGUGUGUUCCUUUAUCAGUGGCCUUCAAAGUUCUCGCUCUUUGGAAAUUCUCUCUCAUAAUCUUUACUUCAGUAGCCAACAUCACCCCAAAUUAGGAGGUGCAAAAGGUUGAGAGAUUGCCCGUUCAAGUCCAACAACUCAUCAGGGACUGAGAAAAAUUUUAAAACGGGCACUCAUGUUAUUCCAUUGCAAGCCAGCUGUCAAAUAUUACAUAACCAUUACUUACCUUUGUUUAGUUUGUGGAGGGUUUUCUGUUUGGUUCCUAUGACAAAAUUAAAUUGUUUUUUUUUUUUCCGGUUGCUUAAUUGGCCUAAGCUCCACUUUCUUUUUCACGCCCAUUUCUGCUGGCUAGGUUGAGUGUCUGCAACCUGCGCUCAUCCUUUAGGUUCCGCUCUUGCUUAUCUCAUCGGGUAUCGGCGUUGGUGUGAAAAUCAAGUCGUCUUGGCUUCUUGUUUUGAACGAAAGAUUUGUCGUCUGCCCCCCUGCUAAAACUGCUUUGAAGUGUACGUGUGGGACAGUUGGCAGAGCAGAAAUUCGGCAAGCAGACAUCAUAAAAGUGGAUAUUGCAGAAGCGAGACUAAUUCGAGUGUGAAAUCACAAUAUGGUGUGGAACACCAAAGGUUGGCACAGCUUGCCAAUAGCAAUGGUGAUGCAUAGAGGGAGAGGCAUUCGACUGAUCUGCUAUCAGGAUGUUGGCAUGAUAAAGUGGGAAAAAAGGAAACUGAAAAAAAUAAAUGCACCAAAUCCGUUAAUUUUUUUCUGUAACUUUGGUAAGUUUCCACAAUUUAUGACAGCUGUGGUUGUCGCUUAUGCUUCCUUUUGAUCUUAUCAGCUGGACUUGGGAAAACUGAUAUCAUUUCCCAUUUUGUCUCCUACACGCCAUAUUGUCCAACCAGGUUUCUGUGUGUAACCUGUACUUCGAGCUUCAUAGAUAUCGCCCUCGUGGCCUAACGGAUAAGGCAUCGGACUCCUAAACCAGGAGCUUCAUAGAUGAAAUAUGAAGCAAGAUCUCCAGGCAAAGAUUUGGGCCGAUAACUGCCUACAGCAGCACUCUACUCUUUCUAUGAAAGAGCACCGUGGUACAAUUCCUCACGCAAUGAAAAGCUGUAAAAAUGUUUUUUCUUUUAUCACAUCAGAGUUUUGUAUGCAGCUGACGGAAGUAGGCUGUGCAUUGUCGUCAAACUGAGCCUGAUGAAAAAGUAGUUUGAAACUCACCUCUAAGAUCGUACUUAAACAUCUUGAAUUAGUGUAGGUUAUACUAGUAAAAAAGUGGAAUGUUCUUACCUGUGCUUUUGUACUGUGAAAUAACUACCACCACCUUUUUCUCCAAAGGCAGUUGGCACAACAGUUUCACAAAAUGGUAGCUGUUUCUAUUGAGAUUAAACUUUUAUUUCAGCGCAUAACAUUGAGGUAACCUGCUUUUUAUGAAUGCCAUUGCAAUAUCUCCGUGAAGCUUAUAAUAAUGGCUGUAUGUCUAGUGUGUAUAUGGGGCAUCUAGAAAUGCAGCAUCUAUAUUGAUGACAUUGUGUCAUUUUUGUUAUGGCUACUCUGCAAGUUGGAUGCAGUGGCUAUUUUGCUGUUUUCAUAGCCUAGUCCUUGCCACAUCAUUAACCCCUCGUGGUGAGAUUUCAGUAUUCAGCCACCACUGCUUGUGGUACAUGUACACCAUGAUUUUGGUUCAUGGCAAAUUUCUUUUUAUUUUGUUAUGUUUUCUACAUUUAUCGCGUGCGACGUCACGUGCAGUCACUCAUUGCUGUUUCACACGAGUCAUUUCAUUAUAGGCCUAUAGUAUCAAUAUUUCUCGAUAUUAGUCAUCAGCAAAAUGGUUUUGCAUGUCUGUACGCACGGUCUGUGUUAAGACGUCGGACACGGGUGUGAAACCAAAUUGACACAGACAGGCUCAAUGUACUUACUGGUCAUAUAAAUUUGGUUCUGCUUAUUUUUAGGAGGAAACAUUGUUUGAGGGAUAUCAUGUCAGCCUCUAGAAGUGCCAAGUAAUUUUUCUUUGGGAGCUUUUCUGGUGACUCUGCACGUGGAUGUGGCUGGCAGUAUUUCACUUGGUAGACUUGGAACUGAAGCUGCGUUAAAAAUGAAAUUGAGAAAUUGAAAAUGAGAUGAUACUACUGUUGUGGAAGCUGUUUAUCUGUUUUUAUGUAAACGCAGCGCUCGGACCUCUCUGGUGUCCAGUUCGUGCUCUAAGUACAGCUAGGCUUCCGCGCAAGCAUUUACACUUGUGCGCCGUGGGCAUGUGCAAUCAACUUGUGGUGGUGACGCACACUUUUAAUUUUGGCUACAUGACUGUCUUAAUUUGUUACCAGUGUAGAUUACAAGCAAGUUUCUUGUUGGUACCUAGCAUUCCAAGCAAUGUUCUGUACACAAAAUUGAUGCAGUUGAAAUCCUGUCUGUUUACAUAGUCAAGCUGGCAAAAGUGUUGACAGAAGCACUUGUUGAAUGCACGCCUCUUGGGUGAGUUUUGGGGACUGCUUGUUAGUGAUGUCAAGGCUUCUUUGCCACGGCAAGUUGGGAGCACUGAUGUGGUUUGUACAAAGCAAGGACAAGUGCUUGGAGCAGGCAGGCAGUGUGCUGGUCACUGCAUCAUAGCUUUGGUUCUAUUGGGAAGCUUUGUAUUUGAAAGAGUUACUUGAGGGCAUGUGACGGCACGGGGAAUAGCAUUGAGAGCUUGAAGGAAGGGGCUGUGGUGUUGCGUUCUGCUGGUACAUGCUAAAAUGCAUUUGGCGAAGGACUUGGAUGUUUGGUCAAGAGAGUCCUGGAUGUUCUUUUGUAUGGCUGAAGUUCUUGCUUCCCGCGUGUCAUUCUUCCCUUGUACUCCCCCUGGCCCAACGUUUCGUGCUUGUGACGCUCAUAAGCACAUUCUUGUUAACAGGUGCUUGUGUGUACAACUUUUCUUUUUUUAAGUGAUGGAGGGCUACAUGCGCACUGUCGCAGGGACCGAACAUACCUCUUCCUUUCUGCAUCUAUCUCUUAUACUGUUCAUGAGCAAACAGGAGAAACGAUGAACGAUGAUGUGUGCGUUUUGCUGUACAGUUUCACUAGCUUUUUUUUUAAAACAGUUCUCUUUAUAUCUACGUGUACUUUGCCACCUCCUUUCCUGAAAAGUCCAUUUCUUGGUGCAGAAAUUUGUGUGUGCAAUGUUUGAGAGCCAUGGGUCAUCGCAUUCCCUGUCUUGUCAUUAUCGGGCGUUUUUUGUAGUUAACUCGUGGCCAUUGCAGAAAAAUGUGUGCCCACCGCGCCUGGCCAAGGCUCAGUUGAGGAGGCUUCUCCUGCAGGCUUGAUUUGUGUGAGCUGAUCACCAGGCAGCAGCAUUGUUAGCAUGUUGUAGUUACAAAAACAAAAGUGCCAUGAACACUUCGAAUAUUCGCAAUACAUUCAGGCAUGCUUAAUUAGGGUAUAGGAGUGUGAGAUAGGAGUGUGUUUAAGACCAUCGGCACCAGAACAGGGAAAAGGAAGGACUCUGAAAUCAGUGUGGGGUGAUUGUUACGCUCCGGUGAUCUUCGCUGGUCUUCUUUAAAUGUGUUAAUGCUGUUAAUAUACUGGAGGUGUGUUUUUAGUGAACAAAAAUGCACUGUAAUCACAAUCCAGCUGUUCUGAAGUAGAACAUCUUAGACAUAUUGCUGCCUGGCAGCGUUAAAUUUCAAGUGCGCUGUGAGCAUUGGAGCAGGAGGAGCCUGCGCAUGCUGCAACCGAGCCGCAGCCGCAUGCAUUUGUAUAAUACUGUACAGCAUAAAACAGGAGCCCGCACUUUUCUUGCGGAAACAAACUGCCAUACUGCUCCCCCUCUUGACUUGGUGUAGUGCAUCUGACACCAGAAAAACGGAUUUGAGUGCCGUGUGUGAAAGCAAUCAACUUGUAAAAAGUUUUUUUUUUUUUUUUUCAAUAUGUCAUCUUUUUCUCUUGGCCCUUGGUUCUUGUGGCCACUCGCCCAUACUUUUGCGAGUGUUCAGCGCACGAUGUCUUGUUCAUUGACGUUUGUUGAGACAUAUAACGGCUGCCCAUUCUUUCGCCAACCCCUCUGCCGUCGUUUCGUGACCCUCCCGGGACGCUGCGUGCGAAUGGCACCACCUGGACCACACACAUGGUCGUCGUUCAAAGAGCGCGUCGCUGCACCCUUUGUUCGGGAUUCGUUAGCGUCUUCUUGCCAAGUUGUCUGCUCAAGAUAUUAUGUUGUUCGUGUUCGUAAUGGUUUUAUCAUUUGUACAGUGAAUCAUUAUCAAUGAAGAAAAGUUACAAAGUUUUUCCAA